CAGCUAGACCGGUAAGCAAAGGAACAAAAACGGGAGAAGGCAGCACAGAAAGGUUCGCCGCUGACAGAGCUAGUCACCUAGACAUCACGCACGCAGAGUCACACACAAAGAAACAAACAAAAACAGUCUUGAGAUGUCGAUUCCUAUAUCAUAUCUGCCACAGCCAACUGUGACAAGUAAAAGAAGCCUGCCUAUCCUCGGAUCCGGUUUCUCUGACGUCCUGGUGAAGUCACAGAGAAACAGUAUGAACAGUAUCUUUAACGGUUGACAGCUCGACUUCACCCUCCGACGAUCUUAUUCCGCCUAGCCCCCCAAAGCCCCUCCUUUUCUCUCUCUUUUCAUCUCUCGGCCCCUCCUCGCCCGAUUCCAACACUUGGAUCAUCUGCCCUUUUGCUCUGGAUCACUCCACAGUUUUUCUUGUUUGAUAUAGGAUUUAGUUUAGGAAGGUUCACAAGACUUCAAGAGGAAUUACAGCAAUCCCGUCAAGAUUCGCCGAGUCGAGAAGAAUUGGAGGUAGCAAUUAAUUCUUUGGGAGAACAAAACUUGCAGCCACUGGUUCAAGAUUCUUUUUUCUUGCAUUUAUUCUGAGUUUUGUAAGUAUGUGCGCGAGAGAGAGAGAGGCAUUCAAGAUUCAAAAAGAGGAGAUGCAUUGCAUCACAAGUCUUGGAGAGAGUUGAAUUUCCAAAUUUCUUGUGGGCGUGGAAUAUGAAGAGUGGCAGUGGGAGCGCCUCAGCGCCGACCGCCGGCGGCAACAGCCUGGCGAUCGCCGAGCGGCAGAAGCCGGCGCCGUCGUGCGUGGCGGCGCUGUUCCAGAUGUUCGCCAAGAGGAAGCUCUUCUCCUCGUCCUCCAAGAAGAGCAAGCUGCUCCCCCCAGUGCGCGCACAGAAGUUCUUGCCUGGGAGACCGCCGGGCGGCGGCGAGAAGACGCCAGCGGCCAAGAGGCUGCCCCUUCUGCUUAAUUCUGCAGAUUACUCAUCAAGAAGCAAAAGCGAAGGCAAUGGCAACAGUCGCUACCCACAGCCUGGCCAAGACAAAAACUGCAGUGAGAACGAAAUGUGUACUCCAGGAGUGGUAGCCCGGCUGAUGGGUCUCAGCUCGAUGCCGUCUGUGAGCCAUCAACGGCAGACAAAAGCCACAGACUCCUCUGAGCUCGGGGAUCACCGGAAUUCAGGUCCUCAAUAUUGGUCCGGUACAUCUCGGAGCAUAUACACAUCACCUCAGAAGCAACAGAAGACAGGGCAGCUCAUAGACGAUAUGGGGCAUGACAAUGCUCCAGAUACACGGCCGUUGUGGCCACGAAGGCAUGCACACAAGGUAGCUUCACCAGUCAAGAGCCCAAGGUCAAUGUCCAGCAGGAGCAAGGCUCGAUUGAUUGAAACGGCUGCCAAGGUUCUGGAACCUGGUUUGCAGUCCAGGAAUCGCCGUCUCUCUCGGCAGCAUGCGUAUUUGGAGUAUUCAUGUAAUCGUGUUGAUGGUGCGCCCGGUGCUGCUGCUAUCUUGCAUAGUUUAUCUGAUCAAUUCUUAGGAGAAAUGCACGAAGUUGAUGUACCGAGACUAGGUGCUCGCAACAUAGGAGGUACCUCUCUGCACAAUUCUAUUUCUAAUCAGUGGACUGAAGAGGAUGGUAAAAACAGUAUUCCAGUUAGGAGGUCAGACCAGAAUGUAUCAUGUCAAAUGCAACCUGAAGAAAAUGGUAAGUGCUUGCUCGUUAGCUCAAGCGAGAAGGCUGGAUUUGGUGACGGUGUUCAGAGGGCAUCCAAUUGUAUUGCUGCUGUUACAAAUCUUGAUGUCAGAAAAAAUCAGCUGAGGAUCAUAUCCCGGGGGAGUGUUCCUUGUGGCCCUCUCAAGCAAAACAACCUGAAGCAGAAUGCACAGCAUGUGGCUUGUCAAGCGGCAGAUCCAGGAUAUAUGGUCCAAAGGCAUAAACAUAGAAGUGGGGAGCGAAAUGCAACAAACACAUCCCAGGACUUUGUUUCUCUGAACAAAAGGAUGACAGGAAGUACAUCUUUGAAGCCAAAAAGAAAGGUAAUGGAUAGAUUUGGUGAGUCACAUACUAGUGCAGAGAACAAGAACAUGAGCACAAAAGGUCAUCGAAACAGUUGCCUGCAUAGUGAUAACUCUAACAAACUGAAGCUAAAAACUGCAACACCAAAAGCUAUGGAGAAAGACAUGAUAAUUGCAAAAGGCGCAGGGUUGCUCAGUGAGAAGCCGAAGUCUGCCAGUCCAAACUGUGCAAUGAGUGAUUUGCAGAGACAGGCAGUGCCACACAAUGUUUCAAGGUGUAACAAGAAAUCAGACAUCAUUUGUUUCACUUUCAGUUCACCGAUGAAGGUUACCCCUACCUCUUUGCCCGGUGAUAAUGCUACAGGAACAGGUAAUGCCGUUCAGGGAUCUCCAGUUGGUACUUGCUCUAAAAGACAUUCUCGUAGAGAUGAAGGUUUCAAGGAAGUUUUACAAGGCACAUCAAGUCCGGAGACUGCAGAAUCAGUUUUCUUUAACCAAGAUGAUUUGAAAAAUAGAGAUAUUCCUGGUGGUAGAGCACCCUCUUCUUUGCUUGAAAAGACAAGUGCUAUCCUUGUUACUGAUGAAUCUUUAAGUGAUGAACUGCUAUCGCAGUGCAACUUAGCGGACAGUGUCAUUUAUGGUUUCAGAGAAACCCAUAAAAAACAUGAGGUUGGUGCAAAAGGUUACUAUCCACCUCCAUCUAUAUCCAGAGGCAGCAAUAAGCGAAGCCCUACAUCUAUUCUUCAAUCUGCAUAUGCAGAUGAUGCCUUCUAUUCUGGUAUUCCACUCAAUACUGCAGAAGCUGCCUUCACUGACAGCCUUCCAAUGGAGACAUGCACGCCAGCAGCUAGCAUGAAAGAUGUAACUACGGAGAGGAGUUCCAGGUGUGCUGAACCUAAUUUUGGCCAGGGUGGUGCUCAACCGUUUAAACCGGCCGUCCAAGACAGCAAGCUGGUACACUCUGGAGAGGUUACAACAACUGUUGAACUGCUGCUAACAAACGUUUGCUCAUCUAGUCUACGUAAAUCGGAAGGAUCAUCCAAGGCAUUCCUUCUCCGAACAAUCGAGUCUGCAAUUGCCACCUUGACGACAAGCGCCAAGCAGGAUUUCAACACCAUCAAGGCCACAGAAGCGAGCCCGCUAAGAGAGCUCGCACUCGAUUUUGUUUCGGAGUGCCUGGACUUGAUGUGUGUUCAGCUCUGCGAUUCAGGUUACAGGUCGUUCUCAAGGCUUGCAAUGAUCUGCACCGAGGAGAGGCUGGCUGCUGAGGUCAAGAAAGAAAUUGCAAGGUGCAGUGACAUGGCUGGGAGGGGCUUGGACGAUAUGGCUGGGAGCGACGUCGAGCACGCGGUUGAGGCUGGCAUGGAUUCCAUGCUCGAAGCGUUUCAGAUCGGAGCCCAGAUCGAGCAGGAUUUGGUCCAGGAGCUAGUAAACGAAAUCGGGCUAGACAUGUUCAAGCGUUUGUGACUCCUAGAGUUCUAUUUUGCUGUGUAGUGCUUUUCCUGUUUGCCUGCCGGAACGUUUGCAAAGCCAACGUUCGUGGCCUUCUGAGCAAAAUCUAGUUGCGCUGCAUCGCUUGAUGCUGUCUGCCAGUCA